UACACUCUAUUUGCGGAUUAGCUAGUUAGCUAACAGUUGUUUAGCCCGUUGUUGUUGCUGUUUUAUUGUCACCCAGAUGGCAGGAUGGCAGGACCAGCAUAUAGCGAUGAUCUCGAGACUCUGUUUUCAUUUGAGCUUUUGGUGGAAUACAUCCGAGUCGAGAAAGUAAGCCAAGUGUCCGACGACCUGGCUCUUGGAGUACGAUUACUGGAUUUCCCCACGCUGCUCGUCCAUCGGCCUCAGCGGAGCGGCGGUGGCAUCAAGCAGCGGGGUCAGCAGGGAGAACACGCCUUUAACCGGGGGAAGUCUUGUUUCUUCAAAAUGAACGGGAACUCUCUGCAUGCCAAUUUGUCCAGCACCCCUCUCUAUGUCAUGGUAUUGGAUGUGAAGGAGGAUAUCCCCAAACUACUUGGUACCUCGCUCAUCUCACUGGCGAGAGCGAUGGACAGAAUCCGCCAGGAUGCGAAUGAACAUGGUGUUUCUCUUCCCUCGUCUCACGGCGAAAGGGGGGUUGUUGGUGUUUGCGACCUCACAGGGAAGACAAUUGGAUCAAUUUCCCUGAGUUACAAACUGUUAAGUCUGGGAGUUAGUUUACUACCAUCUAUCACACAGACAAGUCUUAAAAGCACUAGUGUACAUGGAGAAGAACAUGUGUAUCAAAGUAACGCAGUGAAAAGCAUCCCAGAAUCCAUGCCCCUUGACCUUGGGAAUAUCUGCCCAACAACACCGGCCGAGUCUGAUGCCCGCAGAGACCUUCAAAACAACAAACAAUCAAAUGAAAAAGCCGUAAACCUAAUAAAUGAGGACAAACGGGUCAGUGGCCCAGUGCCUCAGACACUUGAAGAAACAGAAAGCGACCGUGACGAAGAUUUCACAAUAUUUUGUCCACCGCACCUCUUCUACAGUAAUUCUGCAGAGGAAAACAACAGAAAUGAAGGAGGGGAUUGCACCUUUGCAAAUUCAAACCCAGAUGUAUUUACAUUUGAAGACACAUGUUCAGAAGAAAGUACAAGUUCUCCAGUCACGGACCGGAGAACUAGACGCGAAAACCCAGAAACAAGUAAGGGGACUCCAAAUGCCCUCGGCGAGGCCUUACGCCAGUUGCCUCUACUAAACGCUCUUCUUGUUGAGCUGUCACAGUUGAACGGCCCGAACCCAGACCAGCCCGCGUCUAUUCAUCCCAAGCUUCCUUGGAUUUACGGGCCUGCUUCCACGGAGCCUUCGGUUGGGUAUGGAAACGCCCCAAGAAAGGAGCACGCCGAAACGUCGCAGAAAAGCGGUCAGGGAACUGGUCCCCACUUUAAGCAUGUACAUUCCCCCAGACACCGUUCCACACCAGCAGUUCGGCCUGCAUCUGUAAAAGUGAAAAACAAACAAGAGGAGGCUUUGUUCGAGAGGAAAAACUCUAGCAAGUCCCCCAGGAAGAGGCUUGUGUAUGGCACAACUAAAACAUUCAAUCUGAGGCUGAAGCAAAUCUCUCCUCUUAAAGUAAAACGGCGUGAAUGCACAGACUUGAUGCAGAAUGAAGUGCAGCCAAGUCUGGCCAAAGGGAAGACGAAAUCAAGUAAAAAGAUUGUGAAGCCUGACAGCAGAGCUCAAAAUCAGAGCUCCAGUCUGAAUGAAAAUGUAGAGACAAGGAUGCAAAGCGUGGCAGUGGACUCUGCACUACAAGGAACUAUCACACUAAAACAAAAAAUCCUGCGUGGGAAAGUUCAUGGUGAACAAGACAGAGACUCCCUGAAAGUUUCACAAAUGACUUCCCUUUUUGAAAGAGGCUUGAAAUGUAUUCACGUCCCCUGUGUGGAUGAUAAUCAUGUUGCCAAGAGCAACGACAAGAAGGAGCGCCACAGUGAAUCAAAUAAGGUCGGGUCACAGGCGGAAGCUGACAGGCACGGAGAGAAAAUUGAUUCUCUGGGAAGUGGCCGACACAGCACCCCCAAAUCUUCAUUUUCAGACUCCAGCGGGGAAGGAAACGAGGAGGCAGACUAUGCGGAUGACUUUAACAGCUUUGAGCUCAGUGAGGCCUUCUCCCCUGACUCCUUGAGCAGCCCAGAGUCUCCUGUUCGCUUGGACUUCUGCAACUCCGAUUCUGACCAUUUCCGGAGGAGAGCAGUCCUCCCCGUGCCCAUCAAAGCUCCCUGUUCUCCGCAGCGCGCUUUGAGGGCCACGCAUGUUAUCCGACCUCGAACCCACGCCUCGGCCCUCAGCUUCUCCUCCGAGGACGGCGACGGAGACGGGUCAGGCUCCUUGCGAACCAUACGCUCCAGAAAAACGAUCAUGACGGACAGUGGCAGGGUGGAAGGGGGCUCUGGGUCCGACUGUUUCGUAUCCUCAAGAGGUGAAAGGAGCAGGUUAGCCAAGGACAGCGGUCAUUCCCGGGGAUUUUCUGCAGAAUCGGUAUCCUCGGUCGAGGAACUGGAGGACGAGCUUGGAUCUCUGGAUUUCAAAAAGGAAUAUCGGCAUAUAUCUGAGCUAGUGGUCAACAAACUCCCUGGUUACACGAUGUAAAGUAAUAAAAUAUAUAAUUCCACAUUGUGGUAGCACCAACGCUAAACUAGCUCCCCUAAUCCUGUGAAACGGAUGAGUAGUUUUAUAGUGUACAAAUCCAGGGAAUGUGUAUCUAGGUGUAUGUUUUCUUCUGAAUAAAGACCAGCUUUUUGUGGAAAUAGUGUGAA